AUGGAUUAAUCAGAGCAUGAAGCUAAAGAAAUGUUAAAGCCUUACUUAAUAUAAUUGGCUUAAUUAGAAGAAGCUGAUAAGUUGAAAUAAGCUUAAAUUACAGCAUUACGUUUGGCAAUUGAAUAAUUGAAACAAUAAGCAUUGGAUCAUCAAAAGAAGUAUGAAGAAGAAUAAAAAAAAGAUGGUAUUAGAAUGAUUGAUUAAAAUAUAUAGCAAGAAAAAAGGGACCUGCAAAGAAAUGA